AUGCACGGCGGCUUCCGAGGUGACGGUGAAGGUGAAGGAAAGUUGUUGUUUUUUUUAAAGGCUUUGCUGAGUGUGCUUGAUAGCAGGGGAGGGGUCUACCAUCCGUGCAAUGCGGCGAUCUGUGGUGCGGAGUUUUCUGCGUUGGCCGUCGAAAGGUGUGGGGAUUUCUAUUCUGCGGGUGACGAGGUGGUUGAAGCAAUUACCAGCUUCAGCGUGCCGGGUGGAGUCAUCCCCGCGGAAGGCUGGGAAGGGAGCCACAGAAAGGCAGGGGACGCAGACAGCCGUGAGGGCGGCGGCGAGCCGGACGGCACAUCUUGGCGAUGGAGUAACGUCCCGGCUCACUGCUGGCCCUGGCCCUUGAAGUGA